AUGGACUCCUCAGCACUGGAUGCCGGCAGUCAAGCACUGCGGGUACUGCAAAAGCGACAAAGCAAUCGACAGUUCAUGCCAGCCAAGCAAGGCAAGCGUGAAGCCGGUGCCUUCGUCGACAAAUGCGCUGACUGUCGUGGAUAUGUCGUCGAUCGCACCAACGCUCCCGUGUUCAGCAUCUCCAAGAAGCCACCAGCUGGAAUGCCACCACCUGCUCCACGCCCUCUCAUGCCCGCUCCGCCUCGCCCAGCAGUCUCACAAGGAGCUUCUCAAGCUGGUCCAUCGACCUACCAUCCUCGUGCGUCCCCAAACACCAUUGCCCAAGCCAGAACUGGUGCCAAAAGGGCCAGACAAGAGCGCUAUGAGAAACUUCAAGCGGUGCGUGAGGAGUAUCAAGAGAUCGACGAGGACCAUCCUCCACCGCCAGUUCAGGAGCCUUGGUUUCUUUGCGAUGCCUGCGGUGUGCCACGCCAGUCGGAUGAUCGCUGGACUGAAGAUUACUGCAUCUACUGCAGCCGUCCGGGCGAAGAAGAUCCAUACACAGACCGAAAGUGGUGCGUUCAAGGUGAACACAUCGCUCGCAUCAUCGACUUCUUCUCUGGGACUCUGGAUGGCAACGUUCUCAACGGCACCGAGAACGACUGGUGCUGCAUUGCCUGCCAAACAGACACUCCCUUCGAGACCCCUCUUCCAGGUGGCAGCAAUCCUUCCACCAACUUCACUCAAAGCAUGCCAUCUACACCAGGUGCCCACUUCUCCUCCACUCCAGGACUGUCUACUCCGAGCGGUGACAUUGGCAUUCAGUACAGUCAACAGUCUACCGUUUCCGGCGCUGUCAAGCGUAUGGAAAAGACCCACAAAGAUCGUGAACGGAAGAGGCGGGAAGACCUCUUCAUCAACCAUCAAGAGCCACCGUACGCACCAAUUGCAGAGCAAGGUCUGGAAGCCGCAUUAACGGACGAGGAUCAUGCAUUGCUCGAAGACUUCCAACAAGCCCUCGACGCCGAUGUUAUGCAACACUGCCCACGCUACAACGAGAAAUGGUGGAUCAAGCUGAACAAGGAAGGUGUCUGCCUCCGCUACGAGAAUCGAGACCGCAGUCGACUGAUUGAUGAGCCCUACCUAUUCUCAGCGGAGAACAACAUGGACCCCGCCCAAGUGCCGGUCGAUGACAACGCCAACACCGACAACGCUGAUGAGCAGCGCACAACCCGGCAGUUCACCAAGGGAUUCAACAUUCGCCGCUGGGCUGUUCUUGCAUGGCUGGAACACCUCAAGGAGCAUCAUCCUGGCUAUGCUGACAUCCAAGAUCAGGGUGCGGCCGGCCGUCCAGAGCAAGGUCCAGUCGCAAACGACGACCAGCCUGGAGAAGAUCUCGGCCAUGAUUACACCGCUGUUGCCUUCACUGGCGCCGAGGAGACUGCCGUGGAUCAGCUGCCCAACCGCAUUCGUGUACAGCAGGAAGCCAGAGCUCAGAACAACGACCCGCAAGGCAACCGUUUGGACGCUCCAUAUCGCAGCUCCCUGUCCGAGCCUGAGUAUCAGCCCACAGCUCGUCCCAACCGCGAGGAAGAACAACCAUCGACCAAUCCAAUGCUUACCUUCCCUAAGCUUGAGGAGGUCCCUCUCUCAGAGUUCGACAAGGACAGACCGCCUCUCUCACUCGCAUUCCCCACGUUGUUCCCUUAUGGCAAGGGUGAUCCACGCCAGCCACGGAUCCGUGCAGUCACCGACACAGUCUUCAUCCAACACCUUAUGCGAUACCACGAUGGCCGCUUUGCUCAACACUCCCGGUUCCCCUUUCAUGCAUUAACACCGCAGGUACCAUCUCGGAAGCUCUGGCCAAUCCACACUCCCGUGAAUUAUCGAUUCUACUCAACUCCGUCGUUGGAGCCGGCUCAGAUCUCCGUGGCACCCGUCCCUAUUGGAUCCCGCACACAGAACCUCAUUUGCUUCGUCCUCGCCCUGGGCAAGCCCGAUAUCUUCAUAACGUUAUCUGCUGCCGACGUCCAGUGGUUCUCGACCGCGAGCCACAUGCCAGACUUCGAGCGAUGGUUGACCUUGCCACCGGAUGAACGUGCAAGACUCGCACGUGAAAACCUCAAGAACAAUCCCCAUGUCGCCGAUGCACACUUCGAGCGUCGAUUCAAGCUCUUCCUCGAGAAAGUGCUCAAGCCCAAGUUCAACGUCGUUGACUACUGCGCUAAGCAGAUGAACAAGUCAAAAACUGUUCUUCAAUUCAGCAGCACAGAGCUCACCGGCACGCAAGCAGAGCUGGCCGAUGUUGUCAACCGCGUGCAGUGCCACAUCCACAGUGGAUACUGUCAGGCGAAGAAGCGCAAAGUCAAAGCGACUACUGGUGAGGAGCUUGGAGGUGCCGAGGACUCUGAUCAAAUGGGCUGCCGGUUCUACUUCCCACGUCAACAACGCACAGAAGCAGUGAUCGACAAAGAUCACAAUGCAUACCACCUGAGCUUCAUUGCCGCUUGCAAUGAUCCGGAUCUUCACCACUUCAACCGCCUCGUAUCAUCCUGCAUUAUCCAUGGCGCGAGUACCCCGAGCGCUCUGAGGAGCAGCCAUACUUUUUUCCCAUCCGACGGCGACAAAGAGAGACCAUUCUAUCGCUGGUCUAACGCAUACGAAUACUGCCAAAUCGGUGGUGAAUGCCCCAAGGAUCAUGGCCAAGAUGACUACUACGGCGAUAUCCCCGAUGGAGAUCUGGAUGAGUUCGAGCAGCCAGAGCGUCCGGUCGAAGGUGAUCCCGCAUACUUCCAGGAGGUCGUCAACGGCAACGCCAUCCGUGAUGAAGAUCCGGACAACCUUGGUGACCGUGAAAUGGACAGAGCAGCGAACUGGGCCUCGAAGAUCAACACAUACAUUAAGCAUCCUGAGAUUCAUGACAAUGCAGAGGUCGACUGGUGGGAAUCCCAUCGACUACGCCGUACAGUCGCAAUCAACAGCAGAAAUCGAACGGCUGAACCCACUUCAGCGUCAAGUCUUCGACAUGGUGCUCAGGCAUUACAGCAACCUCAGAGAAGGCCGCAACCCGAGGCGCUUCGCAUCAACAUCGACGGACCGACCGGCACUGGCAAAUCGUUCUUAAUUAACCUCCUGUCCGCUCGGCUGCAGCAAGCAGUUGCUAAUGAGAAUCAGCCGAACCCCAUUCAACGCCUUGCACCAACCGGCUCUGCAGCACACAACAUCAAUAGCUCGAUUGUGCAUUCCUACCUGUCUAUCCCUCCGGAGCAGGCUCAGAAUCUCCAGUCUGUGUUGAAGGUGUCAAUCGGCUGUCGGCUAAUGCUCUUGACCAAUCUCUGGACCGAGCAUGGCCUCGUCGAUGGCCGUCAAGGCACCCUCUACGACAUCGUCUGGCCAGCCAACACCGACCGAGAGACCGUGCGAGAACAGAUGCCGCUGUGCCUACUCGUUGAGAUUGAAGGCUUGCAAGACAGCUGCCCAGAGUUGUUCAAGACUAACGCAGGCGACAAGGUCGUUCCAGUGUUCCCACUCCGCCGUAAACUCUACAGCCAGGCCCGGGGCAUGACUCUGGACAAGGCUGUCGUCAACCUCGAUCAGCUCGAGCACACCGCCGGCUUGACCUACGUCGCAGUCAGCCGUGUGCGGACAUUUGAUGGCCUCAUGUUUGAGACUGCAUUCGACUACAGCCGCAUCCGCGAAUCGCGUAUUCUAGGCAAUCCAUUCCUUUAUUAA